AUGGGCGGCCUGCUCGGUUUGCCAGGGGGCGCGUCGCCGGUGCUGUCGAUGGCGUUGAAACCAGAGGAGGGCGCCGCGGCCGGCGCCACCGGCUGCGCCACCCCGAACUUCGGCCUGGGGCUCCACUCGCCGCUCUUCAUACCCGGCUUGAACAGCCCCGGCGGCGGCCUGGGCUGCGCGCCGAGCCCGGGAAGCCUGGGGUGCGCGCUGGGGAGCGGGAAGUGGCACGCGGACAUUGACCCGGAGGUGUGGUUCGACAAUGAGGGGGAGCAGCUAGGCUCCAUGCAGGAGUUUUUCGCGGGGACAGAGAACGCCAGCAUAUUCAGGGCCGACGCGGGCGCGGCGGCGCCGGCUGGCGGCGAGCAGCGUGGUUCGCAGGAGGCGGCCGGCGUCGCGGCUUGGUAG